AUGGCCGAGCCGCCGGUGGCUUCCCACCACGAGGGAGGCACCGAUAUCGACAUUGACAGAGAUGGAGAUGCCUUCCUCGACAUGUCGGCGCUGGCACCGGUCCACGAGCUUGCGCCCUUGAAGUGCUGCUGUGGCUCCGCCGAGUGUGUCUUUCUGCGACACAACAGCUCGGUGCUCGACACGGUCGAGAAGGAUGUCACCACAGCAGCGCGAAUGGGAAAGGCGUUGCUGGCAAGGCACGAGGCGUACAUGGCCGAUGCAGAACGGGAUCGCCUGGAGCUUACGAGCAGGAUCGAGCAGCUAGAGAUGGACAACAAGGAGCUCGAACAGAGGAAUGCACGAACUAUCGAGGAAAACCGAAACCUGCUCGACCAGCUGGAGACGCUCAACACCACUGUGUCUGACUCCGAAGGACGCAUCAAGUCCCUUGAGGCCACCUUGCUGUCGUCGCAACAGAUCAUCCGGCGCCUGGAGGGGGAGACCGCGAGAGCCGAAUCGUUGGAGCGGCAGCUGGCUUUCCUGGAGCAGGAGCAGGAGCAGCUACAGAACACACUCGCAUCCACACAUGAGGAGGCACGAUCGUCCAUGUCGAGAUGGCAGCGCGCAGAAAGAGGCAUUAUUGACCUGCAUGAGCAGCUGGAACGGAUGGAGAAAGAGGCCAGGGAGGAGCGCGAGAAACAUGCCGAAAUGAUAGGGCGCAUGGAGAAACAGCGCGAGGUCGAGAAGGAGUUGAAUACGGCCGCCGGUCGCCUCAAGGGUGCCGCUGCCGCGAAGACGCUGAACUAUGGAAAGAACGGAAGCAAUGUCGUGUCGCAUUUCGUGCGCGACCUAUUGCAGGAUAAUACGAACUUGCAGCAAGGGAUUAUAGAGCUUCGGGAGAUGCUGAUGAACUCCAACGACGAGAUCCAGGCGCUCCGGGACCAACUGCUCUACCACCAACCUGUUACAGUGGGCGACGACGACGUGAGCGCUGGCUCUACACUCAGAGCCGAGCUGGCCGCGAAAGAGUCCCCAGAGAGGCAGACACCGGUUGUCUCUCAGGAACUCCACAUACACCACCAUUACCACGUGGCGGCGAAGACGGAUGCGAAGAAACCCAAGAAGAAGCGCCAGGUUCUCAGUCCUGGCGUAUUCACUCCGCCGGCACUCCGGUCUGUGCCCUCUACGCCUCCCAGCACGUCGUGGCGACCACCCACCACAAACCGCACCCCUCGAGAUUCUUUAAUGUCCAACAAUCGCUUGUCGAUCAUGUCCGAGCAGCCCUCUGAUUUUGCGCCGUCAUCCGUGCCGAGCUCUCCCCAGUCUGACCCGCGCAACUCAGUCUUCGAUCCUAUCGGUGUGGACUCAUGGCCGGCUUCGCCAACUACUUCCGUAGACCCCAUGUCUCCAGCGUGGCGUGCACAUCGCAAGUAUCCCUCAAACAUGUCUGCACGGAGCUUUCAGCUGCCCGCGGCAUUCUCACUGGACCAGACCACACCGAGCCAAACCCACACUAUCAUCGAGGAAGGCGAUGGUGUCGAGGACCUCCCUGAUCUAGGACUCGCCACAGAUGGAUCGGCCGCGGAUGACGAGACAUCCUCCAAAGACCAUGGCACAGUUCACGAGGAGGUGGAGAUUUAUGUCGACACCGACGAUGACGGUGCGCCACGGCGGCGGAUUCGAAGGGCGCUGUCGCACGAGUCGAUAAUAUCGCUCACCGGCGGUCUGGGUAUUCACACUCUCAAGUCCCGACCUAGUCAGCUAACCCUGAGCCAUUUGAGCAACGCGACCUCGAUCACGGCGAGCAGCACCGUCACAGCCCGUCCGGUCCUGUCGCGUGACUCGGCGAAACGCAGCAGCCUAAUGCUUCGCGAAAGCUACGGUUCAUCGCCCAUAGGAAGCUUACGCUCCGUCUCGGGCCCUGCGCCCGCAUCCCCCCAGCCAGGGUCGCUCAAGCUCAGCUCCUGGGUUGGCUGGCGGCCCUGGAAAGGAGGCGCCGCCUCGGGAGCCAGCACGCCCGUGGCCGCGAGGGAGAGCCAAUAUCAGAAAGAUUACGGCAGGCCGCCAGGCAUCAAUCAACCGGGCUCGAUACCUGGAUUCCAUGCGUAUAUGGCGGCACAUCAGAAGCGAUCCCAAGGGAAGGUAAUGCCAGACCAAGUGGACCGCGACGCCUUAAGAGAGGGUCUAGCUGAGUGA